AUGACUUUUUUUUCUAGAGCAUUCAAAAAUCGAGAUUGCGACGUGCCAGAUUGUGUGUAUCGCCUAACAUUUGAAAUAAAUGGGCAAGAAUUAGAUGCAGGAAUUGCAUGUGUUGUGGAAAUUGACGGAAAGGAAUAUUAUCUGCUUACUUGCAACAAAGUUGCUUCGAAAAAUCAGAAGCGAUGUUUUUCUGCUCGUCAAUGGAGGAAGCCAAUCUUACAUCACAGACGAAACCUCAACAUAGACGGUGAAAAUUUUUUUUUUAAGCAAAAUUUCUCCUUCCUGACUCCUUCCAAUCACUGGAAACCGGAUAAGAGCCUGAAGGCAAUAUCACGCAAUGCGGGAAACCCUCCAGAUGUGAUUAAAUCGUUGAUCAUUGAGUAUCCUAACAUACAUCGUAAAAUAAAAUGGGUAAAAGACAGUGAAACAGGUAGGUACAAGCCUAAAAAAAAGGUGGUCUUAGGGGAUCAAACAUCACUGGGCUCUCCAGUUCUGUGGAAAGAUCCUAAAACACAACGUUUUUACGUCAUCGGCGUGGUUGAUAAAGAAAAAGAAACCUUUUUGCCACGACUAUUUGGGAUGGAUGAUCUGAGAAAUUUGGGUAAGUUCGUCAUAAUAUUCAUUUGUUUUGAUCAAUUAAAAUAUUGAUCACCAUAUAAGUCACCUACUGGCCUUUAGUCAUGUUUGGUUUUAGAUAUGGGUGUAGGAAAGUAUUACCAGAGUAACUGGUUUGAGCCCCCGGUGUAGCAUUUGGUCGCGUAUCCUGAUUGUUUAGUUGGCAAAAGAACUGAAGAGCAAUGCUUUCGGUAAUAAUGACUGAUGUUUGGACAACCUUAGCGGCAGUCAUCAUCAAAGUCAAGACAGUCGAGUGUUUCUCUGGUUCGUGAAAAUUGAUUGGUCAGUUUUGCCAUGAUGAUAUUGGCUGAAAGACUCAAGUGACGUGACGCACUUCGGUAGUUAGUUUUGAUUAUCAUUUGAAUAUGCUGGGUAAUUAUCCUCUAAUAUUUUUUUCCAUCUAGCCCCAACCCAACUGUUCCUUCCCUACCUUUGCAUUUGAUAGGGUUUGACUUAAUUUUUCUCUGUCUUAUUCAGUUUAUACCAAAGAUAAUAUUCUCGUACAUUUUUAGCGUGGACCUCUGGCUCGAGACCGCGCAAGCGGUCUUCGUGUUUUAAUAUUAGAAACAAUUAAUUCCUUCCUUAUUUCUGUUACUGAUUACGGGCAGGUUCCCCAGAGAUAACUGAACAUCCUCAAAGCGUCACGAAAAGGGAAGGGAAAGACGUAACAUUAUCUUUCAACGCUAGUGGAAAUCCAAAGCCUGAUAUAUCAUGGAAGAAAAAUGAAUCAACUCUAACGGUCAAUGACAGGAUCAGUCUGUCUGAUGACAAAAAGAAGCUGACUAUAAAGAAUUUGACAGAGGAAGAUUGUGGAAAAUAUCAAGGUGUUGCGAGUAACACUGUUUCAGUUGUUAACUCCAGUUGUGCUAUACUGGAUGUUCAAUGUAAGUAUUGAUUGCUAACCAUCUCAGUUGUGCCCAUAAGAAAACUCUCGAAUUUGACUCGUUCUUAACCGGGGUUAAACUGUUUAAUUACAAGCUGCUCGUAGGCGGACAGGCCAAACUGGACAUAAAUGCACUUUUUUUUCAAACCAAAUACACAGUUUUCAAUAGCAUAUAAUCGAGACUUUAUACUUCUGUCAAUAACCCCACUUGCCCUUCAUCGAUGAGAAGUGAGGUGAUAUGACAUUUACUUCGUCCCUCUUCAACGAAGAUUGUAUCGUUUUUAUCGUUAUUAAGCAAAUUAUUUCCUUCCUUAUUUCUGUUACUGUUUACGGGCAGGUUCCCCAAAGAUAACUGAACAUCCUCAAAGCGUCACGAAAAGGGAAGGGAAAGACGUAACAUUAUCUUUCAACGCUAGUGGAAAUCCAAAGCCUGAUAUAUCAUGGAAGAAAAAUGAAUCAACUCUAACGGUCAAUGACAGGAUCAGUCUGUCUGAUGACAAAAAGAAGCUGACUAUAAAGAAUUUGACAAAGGAAGAUUGUGGAAAAUAUCAAGGUGUUGCGAGUAACACUGUUUCAGUUGUUAACUCCAGUUGUGCUAUACUGGAUGUUCAAUGUAAGUAUUGA